UUUCAUGACACGUGGCUGCCCCAGUGUGUGAUUGGCGGGAGAAAGGCUAAGUUAAGGGUGUUCCAGAGAAUGAUGUUGUUGGUGUUUGAGCAACUUCCAAUGGCGGAGGACAAAUCUAUGGAGAAAGGCAGAGAGAGAGAGAGAGAAAAACCAGAUCUCUCAAACAGAAGAAAGAAGGAGAACAAAAUCCUAACAAAUCGGCGGCCGGAUUUUGAAUUCGCCUGGCCGUGAAAUCCAGAAAACGGAAAGAGGAAAAUUCGUUUCUGGAAAAAAGCGAAAAACAUUUCUCAGUUUCAUUCCCCGAAGAAAAACGUUAUGUCUUCUCAGAAUCCUGAACGAAAAAGGAUCUAUCAAGUUUGGCCCGCCAAAAAUAAAUUUUACUGUGGGGGAAGACUAGUGUUUGGUCCAGAUGCAUCGUCGCUUCUUUUGACCACAUGUAUGAUUGGAGGACCAGCUAUCACUUUCUGCAUCAGGAUGGCUUAUUUGAUCAGCCAUCGUCACCCUUUCUUUCAUUCUCUUACUUUGAUGGGUGCAAUUCUUCUCACAUUCAUGGCUUUUACUUUUCUCUUCUUGACAUCAUCGAGAGACCCCGGGAUUAUCCCAAGGAACAAACAAGUGCCUGAGGCAGAGAUUCCUGAUGUUAUCACCCAAUCGACAGAAUGGGUGACUAACAAAUUAGGAAAUAUGAAAUUACCUCGAACAAAAGAUGUAAUGGUGAAUGGCUUCACCGCGAAAGUGAAGUUCUGCGAUACCUGUCAGCUAUACCGUCCUCCUCGUGCCUUUCACUGCUCAAUCUGCAACAACUGUGUCCAAAGGUUUGAUCAUCACUGUCCAUGGGUAGGUCAGUGCAUCGCCUUGCGUAACUAUCCAUUCUUCGUCUGUUUCUUAUCAUGUUCAACACUCCUCUGCAUCUAUGUCUUUGUCUUCUCAUGGGUCAGCAUGCUUAAAGUCCAUGGCGAAUUCUAUGCUGUCCUUGCUGAUGACUUAAUAUUAGGUGUUCUUGGCCUCUACUGCUUUGUUUCAGUCUGGUUUGUUGGUGGACUUACUGUCUUCCACUUCUACCUUAUCUGCACCAACCAGACGACCUGUGAGAAUUUUCGGUACCAUUACGACAAGAAGGAAAACCCUUACCGAAAGGGGAUCUUAGAGAACUUCAAGGAGCUGUUCUUUGCAAGAAUCCCACAACCUUUGAUCAAUUUCAGAGAUUGGGCGCCAGAAGAAGAAGACGAUGUGGAGGUCGGAUCCAUAGCCUCUGAGCUAGGCAGAAACUUUGGUCUAAAAGACACAAAAAUGAGCAGUGGCAAGUCUGAUUCCGAAGUUAGAGAACGGUAACAACAGUGGCACGGCUGUCAAGAGAUAAGUGUAGAUGAAGAAGCCACAGCGAUUGCUUUGGUUUACCAAGAACCAGCGGAAUUUAAGGAGAAACUCGAGCGUGGAUGUGAGAUCAGGAUAUAGGCCAAAGAAAAGGAGAAACAGGUGUAAAUUUACUUCUGUAAUUCAAAGCCAUGUAUCUCUCUCUCUUUACUUGUCAAAAUGACUUUUAAAAUUUUUCGCAUUAAGAAUAGGAAUUAGGAGAAUUGGUGUAUAUAAUGCUUUCUUGCGUUACAGGUAAUUCAAUUUGGUGUAUAUCA